AUGUUACCUCGCUCUGAUGAUGUCCGUCAUAUGACAGACCAAAGCUUAGCACCUUUUCACCGGAAUCGAAGGAGAUUGCCUCGGAAACAACGUCAGCAUGAAUCUUCCAGUAAAGCAAAUCGACAGCUGUUCAAGAGGAAUCCGCCGUCGUCUUCUGGUGGAAUCUACCUGCAAAUCUCUUCACCCAACACUUUCACUCGAAAUGGAAAAUACAUUCCACCCGUCGUCAAAGAAAUGGCCACCAAGAUCGCUGAUGUGCCCCAGAAGGUGGUAACAGAGGCUAAUGAAAAGUGCCACAUUAUGCAUCUUUUUUUAUACCGAUGCUGUGAACGCAUCCACUCCCCCAAUCACAGACCGGGUUUCAUGCCCGCCCACUCAGCCGCCGUCCCAGUUACACGACAUACGCCCAUCUGCCCGUUCAGUCUCUAA